AGUCGCGGGGUCAGGAGGAACGGAUUUGGCGUCGUCCGCUGCUGCCGUGCUUGGCUCUGCGCGGGGAGGGGGGGGGUGGAAUGAGCCUUCACCUGGCCCGGCCUCGCGCACGCCGGGGAACCGCCGCCGCCCGCCGGCGACUUUCCUGCCGCUGCGGGGCUCCCGGCGCCCGGUAGUUACCGACGCGGAGCGGCCCGAGAGCAGCCCCCGGAAUCCGCCUGUCCGGCCCCGCGAGCCCGGCAUGUGGCCCCGUGGGUGCGGGGGGCGCCGGCGCAGCCCGGCUUCUGGUCGCUGAGCCGGAACGGGGUGGCUGCGCGGUGACCGAGCGGGCCGGGGCGAGGAGCAACGGGGCGGCGCUGUGGGGAAGCCAAGGGCGGACGCCCCGGCGGUUGGCUCGGCGCACGGCUCGGCGAGGGCUGAAGAGCCUCGGUUUGCUGCUCUCCGGCUGCCCCGGUCCUGGCUGGCGGAUAUGAGAUGAUAUAAACUCUCCGGUCUGCUGUUAGAGGGACAAUGACCACCCCCGCUCUGCUGCCCCUGUCUGGGCGUAGACUCCCCCCCCUGAACCUUGGGGCCUCCUCCUUCCCGCACCACAGGGCUACCUUGAGACUGUCCGAAAAAUUUAUCCUCCUCCUCAUUCUUAGUGCCUUCGUCACCCUGUGUUUUGGGGCAUUCUUCUUCCUCCCGGAUUCUUCCAAACACAAACGCUUUGAUCUGGGUUUAGAGGAUGUGUUAAUUCCUCACGUGGAUACCAGCAAGGGGGGCAAAAACCUUGGAGGCUACUUGAUCCAUGGGCAAGGACACGAUGAGCACAGGCACAGAGAAGAAGAGGAACGCCUGAGAAAUAAGAUCCGAGCAGACCAUGAAAAAGCUCUAGAGGAGGCAAAAGAGAAGCUGAAGAAAUCUCGAGAUGAGAUUCGAGCAGAGAUUCAGACAGAAAAGAACAAAGUAGCCCAAGAGAUGAAAAAGAAAGACAGCAAUCCGCUGCCACCUGUACCAGUACCAAACCUCAUAGGGAUAAACAGCGAAGACCCAACAGAUAAGGACAUCCGAGAGAAGAGGGACAAAAUUAAAGAGAUGAUGAAACAUGCCUGGGAAAAUUACAGGCAAUAUGGAUGGGGGCAUAAUGAACUCAAACCCAUUGCCAGGAAAGGACAUUCCACCAACAUAUUUGGAAAUUCGCAAAUGGGUGCUACCAUAGUAGAUGCUUUGGAUACUCUCUAUAUCAUGGGACUUCAUGAUGAAUUCAGAGAAGGACAAGACUGGAUUGACAAAAACCUUGAUUUUAGUGUGAAUUCAGAGGUGUCUGUUUUUGAGGUCAAUAUCCGCUUCAUUGGUGGUCUUCUAGCAGCAUAUUACCUUUCAGGACAGGAGGUGUUCAAGCUCAAAGCAGUGCAGCUGGCAGGAAAGCUCCUUCCGGCAUUUAACACACCAACAGGCAUUCCCUGGGCAAUGGUGAAUCUGAAAAGUGGUGUGGGUCGAAACUGGGGCUGGGCUUCUGCAGGCAGCAGCAUCCUGGCUGAAUUUGGUACUCUGCACAUGGAAUUUGUCCACCUUAGCUACCUGACUGGGGACCCUGUCUACUACAACAAGGUCAUGCACAUUCGGAUGUUACUUCAAAAAAUGGACCGUCCUAAUGGGCUUUAUCCAAAUUAUUUGAACCCAAGGACUGGGCGCUGGGGUCAGCAUCACACUUCCGUGGGCGGGCUGGGAGACAGUUUUUAUGAAUAUUUAUUGAAAGCCUGGCUGAUGUCAGACAAAAUGGACACGGAGGCAAGGAAAAUGUAUGACGAUGCUAUUGAGGCCAUAGAAAGACAUCUUAUCAGAAAGUCUAACGGAGGACUGACAUACAUUGGGGAAUGGAAGAAUGGGCACCUUGAGAGAAAGAUGGGCCACCUCACCUGUUUUGCUGGGGGAAUGUUUGCACUUGGAGCAGAUGGUUCCAGGGAUGAUAAGGCUGGACAUUAUUUGCAACUUGGAGCUGAGAUUGCACAUACAUGUCAUGAGUCAUACGACAGAACAACAUUAAAGCUGGGUCCUGAAGCGUUCAAAUUUGAUGGUGGCCUAGAAGCUGUGGCAGUACGGCAGAAUGAAAAAUAUUACAUUCUAAGACCAGAGGUGAUCGAGACCUAUUGGUAUAUGUGGAGAUUUACACAUGAUCCCAAGUACAGGCAGUGGGGCUGGGAAGCAGCACAGGCUAUUGACAAGUACUGCCGAGUCAGUGGUGGAUUUUCGGGGGUCAAGGAUGUCUAUUCCUCAUCUCCUGCAUAUGACGAUGUACAACAGAGCUUUUUUCUUGCUGAAACUCUGAAGUAUUUGUAUCUGCUUUUCUCCAAUGAUGACCUCCUGCCUUUAGACAACUGGGUUUUUAAUACAGAAGCUCAUCCCUUGCCUGUUUUACAUUUAGCCAACACCACACUUUCAGGAAAUCCUGCUUAUCGAUAAAAAUAGCUCCAGGAAGAGGAGGAGAGACUGCACUCAGCUCUGUUUUGUUUACAUGGACCACUUGAGAGUUUAGGCUGGAGAGGAGACAGACAUUUGGUAAUCUGAGUCAAGACGCAGGAUGAGAAACAACCUCUGCCCCCAAAGCUCUUCAACCUGUAGAUAAGUAAACACUGAAAUAAUUCCUUUUUAUACAUGACCAAAACACACUACUGGGGCAUUUGCAGGGCAGAGACCUUGUGUGCUUUGAACCCAAACAACAGAGUGGAGCCUGUUAUUAGAUAUAGAGUCCAGCAGCCAAAGGAACAAUAGACUUCCUGGCCAGGGCUGGAGUUUGCUGCUGCUGGCCUUUGCAAGAAACUGUACACUUGUCUCCUAUUCAGAUGGGGUGUAUUCCAGAGACUAAGACAUUUUUUUUUCUUUCUUUUUUGAUGAUGGCAUGAGCAAAGCAACAACAAAAAAGCAAUGUAACUGCACCAGCAGCACCAGGAUUUGAAAUUUUUUCUGUACCUGUCUGAAUUUUCUAAUCUGCAUCAGUUUGCUGAGACUGGCAGCCAUUCCCAGUGCCUCUCAGACCUUUGCCUCCUGUUCAUUUACCCCCUUCAUAACAAAGUCCAAAGACCUGUGAAGCACAAUCACACCCAGAGAACAGUUACCAAGCAUUUGUUUUUGUAAUGUAUUGGCAGCACUGUGCUGUUAGUUCACCACACAAGAUAUGGACACAAAACACGGAAGACACUGCUAAGUGUCCUUUUUCUCUUGAUCACCAAUCCUAUCAUAUGGAAAGGCCACAGUCCCUUAUUUCACUCCUUUUCUGCCACUUCCACAAAGAUAACAACAGAAUUUGCCCAUCCCAGUUUAUGUGGCAGACUGCAUCACAUUCACUGGGACACAGUUCCCUUAAGGUGAGAUACAGUAGUUUGUAUCAUUGCAUUACAUUUGUCCAUGCAACCUGUGGUUUUCCUUCACUCUCACUUUUGUUAUUUGGACAAUGUUUACAAAUCCUGCUUUGUAAAUCUGAAGCCUUGCCUGGUUUUUUUGAAGUAUGGCAAGAGACCAAAACUGCCUCAGGUUUGGUUUAUUAAGUUUUAUCUGGGCCAUAAACUGCUCCAAUGCAAAGCCAACAUGAGAUUCUCUCUGGAAACAUGGUAAAAUCUAUUACACACCAAUGGAAGACAAGACAUAACUCUAGUUAGUAAGGCUGUGUUACCUGCAUACAUUUGGUCUAGUUAUUACAUAGUCCUGCCCUGAGUGCAGGGGUCUGGACUAGAUGACCUCUCAAGGUCCCUUCCAGUGCUACACUUCUAUGAUUUCCUCUGGACGUUGCUGGCUGAAGCAACCCCACUGUUCUGAGUAUACGCCCAACAGCAUGAAUUAAGGGGGUAGUGCACUUCAGGCUUCACUUACAGCAUAGGUGUCCUGACUCUUGUCUACCAUUACUGAGACUCUCUUCUCAUCUGUAGAAUAGAAUCCUGUGCAUUCAGAAAUAACUCCUGUUAACAUCAGCAGUGUUUGUUUAAAGUGGGUUUCACUUGCCGCUUUAAUUUCUAAACAUUUCCUUUCUUUCAAUUUUUCUGCUUAAGUGGGCAGCUCUGUACCAUGCAUCCUUUC